UUGAUGGGCGUUUGAUCAGGGGCAUUAAGAUCUCUUUUAAACCUCACAAAAAAGCAAUUUUUAUUGAAUCGAACAUUCAUGGUAAAGAAUGGUUAGCGUCGGCUACUGUCACUUACAUACUUAACGAGCUGUUGUUUUCCAAAAAAAAGCAUAUACGCGAAAUGGCCGAGAGUCUCGACUGGUACAUCGUACCGGUAUUAAAUGUAGACGAUUUUGUUUAUUCGCAGGGAAAGAAAGUAAGAUUUCGCAAGUCAAGAUCUGUAGACGUCGACGAUUUCAAUUCAAUAGCUCCGUGUAGAAGCAAGCACACAUUCUAUGCUGACCCAUUAUCAGACGCUGUUGUCUUAUCGGAAGCUGACCUCGGAAUUAAUUCGGGGGUUAACUAUAUUAGAAACUGCAUACCAGAUGAUACUGUUAAAGUUUAUAUAGCGCUAGGUGAGGCUACGGAGAAAGCAACUAAGCCUUGGAUCCAUAAAUCAUAUGUUCCUGAUAACUACCAGCAAAUGAUGUUCGUGGCCAAAUCAUUUACUGAAGCUGUAUAUACAACUUUGCGUUCUCAAUGGAACCUCGAAACCAUUGCUAAGGCACUAACCAUUUUCACCGAUGAAAGGAAAAGUUUCGUGGAGGUCGACAAAUAUGUGCCAAUAUGCUUCACUAUUGAAUUACCUGAUAAAGAUCAAGAUAAAAAAUCUCGUUUUCGAUCAGCAGAAGAAAUGAUUUUACCCGUAAGCGAAGAGCUUUUGGGUGGAUUUGCGGGAAUGGUUGAGGCUGUGAAGAAACUUCAUUAUAUUUAA